UACGGAGGACGUCUGGUGGUCACCAUGCCACAUGGAAACAGUAUCACGGUUCACUUCAAGGACAAAGAACUCAUCCGCAACAAGAAGAGAUGGUCUCAGGUCAUGUACUUGUACUAUCUGCUGGGCUGGAAAGUUUCAACCAAGUGUUUCAAAAGGUGGGGGAAAGGAGGGGAGAAGCACAACACCUACAUCCUGGCUUUAGAUGGGGACACAGACUUCCAGCCGGCUGCUGUGAUGCUGCUCAUUGAUCGUCUGAAAAUGUACCCACGUGUCGGGGCGGCGUGUGGCAGGAUUCACCCCACUGGCUCAGGUCCCAUGGUUUGGUACCAGAAGUUUGAAUACGCUGUGAGCCACUGGCUUCAGAAGACAGCUGAGCAUGUGUUCGGCUGCGUGCUUUGCAGCCCAGGCUGCUUCAGUCUGUUCAGAGCAGCGGCGCUGAUGGACGACAAUGUGAUGAAAAGAUACACCAUCAAGUCCUCGAAGGCUCAACACUACAUCCAAUACGACCAAGGAGAGGACCGCUGGCUGUGUACUCUGCUGCUGAAGCAGGGAUGGAGAGUGGAGUACAACGCGGCCUCCGACGCCUACACCAAUGCCCCGGAGGAGUUUAAAGAGUUUUACAACCAGCGUCGGCGAUGGGUGCCAUCCACCAUAGCCAACAUUGUAGACUUGCUGGGCUCUGCCACCCUGAUUUCCAAGAGGAACCCGUCCAUGUCUAGAUCCUACAUGGUCUACCAGCUUUUCAACUUGGCCUCGUCCAUACUGACACCUUCCUCGGUCAUCCUUAUGAUUGCUGGUAGUUUGACUGUGCUGCUCGACAUUCAAUCCAACGGUGCUCUGAUCAUGGCUUUGAUACCUCCUGCUAUCUUCCUUGGCAUCAGCUUCAAGAUCAAGCCAGACACUCAGAUUCUUAUCGCAGCAAUCAUGAGCACCGUGUACGCCUUCCUCAUGAUGAUAGCAGCCAUUGUCAUACUAUGCACCAUAGUGAAGGACCAAACCAUCCUGACUCCCUCCAGCUUGUUCAUCAUCACCCUUGCCAGCUUUUACGUUGUUACUGCACUUAUGCAUCCUCAGGAGAUUGGCCUUGUGUGGUUUGGCUUGCUUUACAUCCUCUGCAUCCCCAGCUCCUACCUGCUGCUGUCGAUUUACUCCAUGGUCAACAUGAACAACGUGUCCUGGGGCACCAGGGAGACAGCGCCUGCUGCUGGAGCUGCAACACAGGCAGCCAGAGCUCCAAAAACCACAGCCCAGAAAGCCAAAACCACCUUCACACGGUUCUUCUCGCGGGGCCAAUGCUGUAGAAAACUGUGUUGGAGAGGUAGCGCAGAAGAGCUCAUCGUCAGCCGAGACAUCCAGACUAUUGAGGCCACCGAGCCUGACGCUCAACCCCAAAACACUAUUGUGGAGGAUGUGAGGAGGAUGCCUGAGGAGGAGCGGAGUUCUGGGCAACAGGAGCCUGCUUUCACCUGCCCUAACCAGAGUUGGGUCACACAACUGCAGAGUUUGUCUAAUGACGUGCGCCUGCGGGAGGAUACCCUCGACGAGGAUGAGGAGCAGUUCUUCAGAGAGCUGACAGCCAAAUACCUAAAGCCUCUUUCUGUGAGCAAAACGGAACAGAAAAACAUGGCUAACAAACUCAAGGAGUUUAGAAACAAGAUUACCUUUGUCUACUUCAUUUUUAAUGCCUUAUGGCUCAUAGCAACGUUCACUCUCCAGCUCUUGAGCUCGCCUUUCUUCAUCCAAGUGCCAAAGGUCGACAUCAACCUGCACUACACUGGAGAGUACAUCACCAUCGAGCCCAUAGGCUUCAUGUUCCUCCUGACCUUUAUCUUCCUGGUUCUCAUCCAGUUCUUAGCCAUGCUGUACCACAGAAUAUGCACCCUGAUCCAUUAUGUGGCCUUCCUGGAUACCGAGUCCAUGUCUGAAAAACAAAAAGAGCAACAGGCACUCAAACAGGUCCAAGAUAACGAAAGCGAUGACGGCGAAGAUUUAGUUUUUUCAAGGGUCCUCAACAGCCACGGCGAUGGAACUCUGGUGUAAAGGAUGAGGAACCGCACCAUAACGGAAACCAGUUUUUAGCACUUUGAAACAAGCACAUACUGUACUGUAGGCU